GGCGGGGACACAGCGGCGGGUCUCGGUGGUCCCGGCGGUCCCGGUGCAGGCAGCGGCGGCCGCAUCCCGGCUCCGGACCUGCCCGUCCUGCCCCGUCGGGCUGGGAGGAACGACCGACUCCGCCCCUGCGGCUGGCCGCGGCGCAGCCGCGCGGUCCCGGGGAGCCCCCGCUUAGGAGCGUCUUUGAUCGUUCCCGCGUCCCGGCGGCUCCGCAGGGUCACCGCGGGCUCGGCCCACCGGAGCCGGGCUGCGCUUCCGGGGCGGCCGAGGGGCUUCCUGCGGUGGGUCUGCGGCCGCGGUGCUGCUCCCGGCCCGGCCCGAGGCGCCGCCGGGAUGAUCAACGCCAUCCUGGUGUUCAACAACCACGGGAAGCCGCGGCUCGUCCGGUUCUACCAGCACCUGGCAGAAGAGGUCCAGCAGCAGAUCAUCCGUGACACCUUCCACCUGGUGCUGAAGCGGGAUGACCACAUCUGCAACUUCCUGGAGUGUGGCAGCCUGUUCGGCGGCUCGGACUACAAGCUGAUCUACCGUCACUACGCCACGCUGUACUUUGUGUUCUGCGUGGACUCCUCGGAGAGUGAGCUGGGCAUCCUGGACCUCAUCCAGGUGUUUGUGGAGACGCUGGACAAGUGCUUUGAGAAUGUCUGUGAACUGGAUCUCAUCUUCCACAUGGACAAGGUCCACCACAUCCUGCAGGAGAUGGUGAUCGGCGGGAUGGUGCUGGAGACCAAUAUGAACGAGAUUGUGGCGCAGGUGGAGGCCCAGGGCAAGCUGGAGAAGGCAGAGGGAGGCCUCUCAGCUGCUCCUUCCCGUGCUGUGUCAGCCGUGAAGAACAUCAACCUGCCCGAGAUCCCCCGCAACAUCAACAUCGGGGACAUCAACAUCAAAGUGCCCAAUCUGUCACAGUUCAUGUGAGCAGCCUGUGGUGGGGGGCUGCCUGCUAAGCAGAGCUGGGGUCCCCGUCUCCUCCCAGGGCUCUGUCCAUGCUGCACAUGGGGGCUGGUAGUGGCUGAGGGCAGGGAGCAGUGACAGGGCUCAGAGAACGGGGUGCGGGGGGUCCCUCACCCUGGACCUGGGCUCAGUUCUGCUCUCUGGUCCCCCAACAAGGAGGGUGCCCUUCCUUCCCCUCCUUCCCUGUGGACAUGCAGCCUCUCCUCGCUGUGGGGAAGAGUUGGCUUCUGCCUCUCCUGGGAUUCUUGGGAUUUCCAGCGGUGAACGUGUGCCUGUAGUGGCAGCUCUAUCAGGAGCUGCAGGUUGUCUCCUUUGUCCUCCCAGCCAUGGCUGUCCCCUGCCCUGGUCUUGCUCUCUGUGAUGGGUCCCAGCUGGGUGGGGGUCACUCAUGGGCGCUGCUGUGUGCCCUGGGGACAGUGUGAGGGGGACAUGCUGGGAUGGGGAUGUGGCAGCAAGAGGGACGGGAGCUGAGUGACCUGGGGGACAGGCAGGUGGUAGCUUGCAGGGUCAGGCCAGGCUGGGGAUGCUGGAGUGUGUCUCUGUGUCCCAAUAAACUGCCCUUGAACCCA